AUGUGUCCAACUCCAGAUGGCUCCGGCGGCCCCGAACUCGACAAAUUCCCAGAUCCCCCUCCGUCGAUAGCAAUCACAGGUUCAGAAGAUGUGCCUCACGCGGGAUUAAGGAGCUUGGAUCAUUACAAGCGCAAGUUGCCACCAUGGCGGUACAACCUUCGACAGGCGGCUUUGCCCCUGAUUCGAUGGGAGACUCCCUAUCUUGCUUGGAUGCAAGAUAAGAUGAGAUCCCCUACGCUUGACUCCUACUUUGCCAUCACUGCGAACCUUGGAACACAUACAUUUUUUAUGGUGGUUCUUCCAAUUCUAUUCUGGUGCGGGCAUACGUCUUUGGGUAGAGGGAUGGUUCAUAUACUGGCAACAGGUGUCUUUUUUACUGGAUUUAUCAAAGACAUGUUCUCUCUUCCGCGACCCUUAUCACCUCCUCUCCAUCGAAUCACUAUGUCGGGCUCGGCGGCCCUCGAGUACGGGUUCCCUUCCACGCAUUCCGCAAAUGCAGUAUCUGUGGCCGUCUACACCCUUUUCACCAUCCACUCGCCGGAAUGCCAGCUGCAAGAUUCUACGAAGUUGAUAUUGGAGGUGCUGAGCUACGCGUACGCGUUUUCGAUUAUCCUUGGCCGGCUCUAUUGUGGAAUGCAUGGUUUCGUCGAUGUCAUUUUUGGCAGUAUUUUAGGAGCCCUCAUAUCCACUGUCGAGUGUAUAUAUGGCUCCAGGAUUGAUAAUUACCUUCACAAUAGCUCCUGGGUUGCACCACUAACCAUAGCUAUCAUCAUCAUAUGUCUCGUUCGCAUCCAUCCUGAGCCAGCUGAUGAUUGUCCCUGCUUUGACGACAGUGUUGCCUUUGCAGGAGUCCUGAUCGGAUGUGAGUUCGGAGAUUGGCACUACGCAGCUGGGGAUUGGGCAUGGGAUGUUCCGGUCCCAGCGACAGUCCCGUUCGAUCUUGAAUACAUGGGCUGGCCUGUCGCGAUUUUGCGAGUAGUUGUUGGCGUCAUUGUCAUCUUCACAUGGAGGGAGGUGAUGAAGCCAACACUGUUGAGGAUUUUGCCUCAUGUUUUCCGAGUAAUUGAAAAGUCGGGUUUCAUUCUACCUCGCAAAUUCUUCAUGCCUGCUUCCGAAUACAAGAAGAUCCCUUCCAGACUAAAGGUAGACAAUGUCAUGCCAUCGGUCUCGGACCUCCCGAGUCUUCUUGACUCAAUUCGACACCCUGGACGCGGCCGUUCUGUCUCUGUAGGACCGCAAUCUGCAGCUGAUGCGUACGAAACUCUCGCAUAUCGCGAAAAGCGGCGAAGGGAUAGCUUGACUAACCCUUCCCUUGAAAAGGAUUGGACUUCAUCUCGAUUUUCAAGCCCCGCCACUAGACGGAAUGAUCGUUCUCCCGAGCCAAAGAGUGACGAUAAAGAAGGGGCAGUAUCACAAGUUUCCGGAAUAUCGGCAUCAGUAGGUGUCACCGGAACAGGAAAUGUUCCUGCGCCCGGACAUUCCAGAGUCAACUCGUAUGAGCAAAUGAUGGGGCAAGGGCGUGUAUUAUAUACCCCUGCAAAAACACCGCCAAGCGUGUCGGGCACUAACCAAGAAGAUAAUGUCGAUAUUCUUGUGGAACAAGAGAAUGAGCUGGGAGAGACGGAAAUGUUCUCUAGACUCGAGAAGCCCCGAGUUAGAUACGAUGUAGAGGUUGUUACCAAACUUGUCGUCUAUUCUGGGAUUGCUUGGUUGGCCGUGGAGAUAAAUCCAAUUAUCUUCGAAUUCAUUGGACUAGGAAUGGGUCAGCAUCGUCCAUUUUGA